AUGGUUCUCGUCGUGGCGUAUUACUCAUGUUGGUGUGAUUUCAUGUUUCGUCGUGUUGUAUGUCACUUCGUGGGUGAAGUACGCCGCAAAGUGAAAUACGCCGCGACGAACACAAAUACGACUCGACGAAACGUUAAACCACCCCACAAAGAUACGACGCGACAAAAACCACACCACGAAGAAAGAUACGACACGACGAAAAGCAUUUACGACGCGACGAAAACCAUACGCGUAUAUUGUCCCAUGUAUAACUCCAUACUGCGCGGCCGGUUGUCAGCGGAUUUGAUUUACAGCUGUGCAUGUUUCCAAAACAAAAUCUCACGCGCACGUGCUUCCCCUCUUUGCAACAAUCAGUUUGCAGUCAUGUCAACCAUAUUGAAAGCUAAGAGAAUAUGUGACUCAAAAGUAGAGGCUGGAAUUCAGUAUUAUCAAGUUAAAUGGGAGUUAACAUGGGAACCUGCUGAAAAGUUGUCACACUAUCAACAUUUAAUUGAGGAUUUUUGGGACUAUAUAAACAACUGUCGAUAUGUCGGAGGAACUGGCCCCAAACCUAAAAAGAGGAAAUUGGUCACAGAUGUGACAACAACACCAACAAAGGGCACUGAAGCUACAAUCUUCAGAGAACAAGCUGGAUUGCCAACAAUGGCCUCCAUGGAAUUUGACAAAACUACUUUUUUUGAUGACGAUUUCCUCAAAACUUCAGCGGUAAAUAAUACACAUUCUGACUCGGCUAAUGUUACACCAAUAAAAAGUUCACCUGGAAGUGGUAGUGCAAGGGGUAGGGGCCGUGGUAGAAGAAAAGGUUCUGUGAGCACUCCACCAAAAGCUAAAGUUGUGGAUAUACAGGACACGAAUCUACCCAGUAUCGAAAAAAUAACACACAAUAUUAAUAAACCAGCUACAGGUGGCUCACCUAGGGGGCGUGGUCGAGGAAGAGGAAGGGGAAGGGGAGGAGCUCAAAGUGUUGUUCAAGAUCCUUCUGGUAAUUCUUUGUUGAAGUUGUCACCAUAUAAAUCAACAAUAAAAAGCGAAAAUGAUGUGAAAGAAAACAUUAACAACAAUGAACAAGUUAGCAAAAGAGGUAAUAUUACGGAUGAAAGAUUUUGGGUGGUUGUUGAGCAAUGGAAUAAUCCAUACUUUCGUGUGGCAUUUGUUUGUCGUGUUUGUGGCAAAGAAAUGAGUUUCAAGUUGCGAAAUAAUUGGAAACGCCAUGCAGACACACAUUCAGAUGUUAAACCAUUUACAUGUCAAAUAUGUCAAAAAGGUUUUGCACAGAAUAUUCAGCUGACCAAACACAUGAAAAGUAAGCAUCCUGUAUCAUAUGAUUGUUCUCUUUAAACUCUGCGAUCAGUAUGGUGAAAGGUGGUUUCUAUUGUGAAUUGUAAAUAUAGAACACAAGUGCAAAAUCUAUUCAGUGUUAAGCACCUUUAUGUUUGUAUUUUGGUUUAUAUUUUUUUAAAUUUUGUUAAACUUUUUGUUAAAUAUGCUAUGUAGAUGUAUAUUUAUUUUUUCGCUCAUUUUUUCUUCUGUUUGAAAAGACACAUGGGAAUUGAUGCAUUGAUGCAGAAUAGGAGGGUUUUCGGUUGUGUAUAGUUUAAACCUUCCAAUGGUUAGAGUUUUUUUUAUGAAAAGAUCUCUUUGUAAAUACCACAGAUAUUUAAUAUGAAAAUGUGCGUUUUAUUGCAUAUACUUAUAUGAACUUUAUUUGAUGUGUGUACAUUUUCGAAAUUUGUGACAUGAUUUUUACUGAUUUUUGUAGGCAAAAGUUUUUGUUGUUUUUUAAUGUACGAAAUGUUCAUUUUUGUUAUUUAUUUGAAAUUUUUAUAUUUUGUUAAAAAAAGGAAACCGUUAUGACGUGUAGAAAGAUGUAAUCACAAACAAUUGUUUAGCUGGUAA